AUUCCUAUUUGGUUGGAACACUUGGAGUAGGUGAAGGUUGGCACAACUAUCAUCAUGUUUUCCCGUUCGACUACAAAUGUGCUGAGAAAACAAGAUACUGGUGCAACUUAUCGUUAGGUGUUUUAGACUUUUUUGCAUAUAUAGGAUGGGCCACAGAUCUUAAAGAAGUUUCUAAAGAAACAAUCGAUAAGCGCGCUUUAAGAACUGGAGAUGGAUCUAGAGAAAUUUCUAGUCAAAUAGCAGCAUCAAAUGUUGAGCUAGAGGUCUUAAACAAUGAAGCUACUAAUAGUCUUUGGGGAUGGGAUGAUUCAGAUAUCACGAGUGAUAUUAAGAACUGUGUAGAUAUUUCAUAUAAGAAGUUUGAUUGACCAUAACGAAGUUCUGCAGCCUUCAACAAAUUUCAAUGAGAAGAAGCAACAUCAUUAAACUCACAAGUCUAGUUCCGAACAUUUAUUUUUCGUUUAUAAAUGCCACAAAUUUGAAUUUGUUGUGUCUAAUGACCUCAAAACUUUUUCCAUAUUUUAUUAUCAUAUUACCAAAGAUGCCGUGCAUCCUAAGAUGCACACAAUCAUCAUAUGUUUUGUUUGUAACUUGUUCACAUUGGAUGAAAGAAAGACAAAAAUUAGCAAAUAAAACCUUCUGCCCAAAAAUUUUCCUGUUUUUCGUGAUUAAGACCAGUUUUUUUUUUACAACAGAUUUGGCCAGUCAUGUUUAGAUGAGAGCCACAUUUUCUAAAUUGUCAACAGUAUAUUUUGGUAUGCUUUACUGAUCACACGUGAAACAAUCCACGAAAAUUUAACAGUUUCAUUAUAUUAAGAAUAAGUUAUGGAAAUAAUUUCAGAAAAAGAUAAUCAAAUCAAAGUGGAAGAGAAAAAUGGAUUAAAUGGACUUUUAGCAUUAGAAAGGCCGGCAGCAAUUCCAGAUCCAGAUUAUAAAAUUGUUUUGAGAUGGCGAAAUAUUAUUGCAUUCAUCAUAAUGCACACUUUCACAAUAAUUUCAUUUUUCUAUCUCCCUAAAUUAUGGACAACUUACGUUUAUCAGUUAUUAUUAGCUGGAGGAAUAGGUUUCGGAACAACAGUUGGCAGCCAUAGACUUUUCACACAUAAAAGCUACAAGGCUAACACAUUCCUGCGAUAUCUUCUCAUUUAUUUUCAAACAAUGGCAGGACAGGAACCGAUUUAUCGAUGGGUGCGAGAUCACAGAGUGCAUCAUAAAUAUACGGAUACAAAUGCAGAUCCACAUAAUUCGAAUCGUGGAUUUUUCUUUGCUCAUAUGGGCUGGCUUUGUUGCAAAAAGCACCCAGACGUUGUUAAAUUUGGCAACAAGAUUGACAUGAGCGACCUUGCGAAUGAUAAAGUUAUUCAAUUUCAAAGGAAGAUUUACACGCUCGCAUCAAUUUUGUUCUCUUUGGUUAUUCCAAUUAUAAUUACGAUGUCUUUUGGUGAAGAUUGGUGGAGAGCAAUGAACUUUAAUAUUCUACGUUAUACAAUAGGACUUCAUUUUGUUUGGCUUGUUAAUUCUGGUGCGCAUUAUUGGGGAACACGUCCUUACGAAAAAGAUAUAUCGGCUUCAGAUUCAUUGUUAGUCUCAUGGUUAGCGCUCGGAGAGGGCUUUCACAACUAUCACCACAUUUUCCCUUGGGAUUACCGUACAUCAGAGACGAAAGCAUAUUGGUUCAAUCUCUCAACAUUAUUCAUUGAUAUCUUUUCUAAGCUUGGUCUUGCCCAUGACUUGAAAUCAGCUUCAGAUGAUAUGAUUCGUGCACGUGUUUUGCGAAGUGGCGAUGGAUCUCACAAAUACUCAAAAAUGGCAAAGGAUGAUGUUGAGAAAGUAUUAGAUAAUAACAAUCUUACUACAAAGAAAGAUCAUGACUGGUUCUGGGGUUGGGAUGAUGCGGAAAUGACGGAAGACGAUAAGAAAGAUGUUGUCAUAAGCAAUCCGUCAGAAGAAGAGCAGCAUUAAAGCAAUUACAUUUAAAAAUUUCCUUGUAUUAAACAAUUUUGUGAUGUUGUAAAAUUAUAUUUUUUUUUCUCGAAUCAUCAUCAUCAUCAUCAGUGACACAACAAUGUUGCUUGCAUGAAUUUAGUAUAUUAGAUUUUACAACAUAACUUUCGAAUAAGAAAUACUUACACUCAAUGCCACGAUCAUUAUUUUGGUAUCUCAGUGUAUUUGUGACGGUCCACAAAAAAAUUAAGUUGCUCAAGACAAAAAUCGCAAGUUUUUUUUAAUUUAUUAGCCAAUAAAACAAUGAUUUAAAACCUGAA